AUGGCUUCCCAAUCUGACCACCACCGCCGACGCGAGAGCCAUUCCAAGCGCUCUCGCUCACCUUACACUCGAGACCGUGAAGAUGUGAACAGAAAUCGAUCGCGGUCGCCGCACCGAAAACGCCAUCACCACCACAAACACCACGACCGCACGGUGAAGACGAAUCUACCAUACAAGAGGGCGCAGUUGAAGAAAGACGACUUCACCGAAUACAAGGCUCUGUUCGCAGAGUACCUGGAUGUGCAGAAGAGCAUAGAUAUCGACAGCAUAUCGGAGCACGAGGCCAAGGGACGAUGGAAGAGCUUCCUGGGCAAGUGGAAUCAUGGGGAGCUCUCACAGGGAUGGUAUGAUCCUGAGAUGAAAGAGCGAGUCGACGAGAGGUGGAAGACACGGCCGAAGGCAUCCCGACCCAAGCAGCGGGUGCCUGCAGAAACCAACGCCGGCGAGGAGGAUGAAGAUGAAGACGAUGAUGGGUAUGGUCCAGCUUUGCCUGGCAAAACUUCCUCCCGACCAGGUCCAGCUAUACCGAGUCUAGACGACCUCCAACACCGCCAAGAGCUCGCCGACGAAGACCGAUCGGCACGAAUAGCAGAUCUGCGGUACGAGCGCAAAGCAGACCGCAAUCUUCAGAAAGAACGCGCGGAAGAGCUAGCCCCACGCGCAGAUCCUGGCUCACGAGAACGGCAGAUGGAGAAGAAACAGGUAGUCACGGCUGUCAAUCAGGAAUUCAAAGACGCCAAAGAUGGAGGAGAUGUGGAGGUUGGUGACAAUGAGCUGAUGGGAGAUGAUGGUGUGGAUGGCUAUAAGAAGCAGGUGAACGAGAUGGAGAAGAAGAAGAACGAGAGAGAAUUGAGGAAGGAGGAGGUGUUGAGAGCACGCGCGGCUGAGAGGGAGGAGAGACUGCAGGCUCAGAGGGCGAAAGAGGAGAAGACGAUGAGCAUGUUGCGUGGUUUGGCGAGGGAGAGGUUUGGGUGA